CUACUACAGACAUUGAAGACAUUGGAAAUACACAAUGGCGGCUACUCUUGCAUCCGAUAUCGAGUAUCUCAAGAGCCUCCGCGCAGUCCGAGAGCGCUCGCAGAUCGUCUUAGGAGCGGCCCGAAAUGGGGGCCUCAACAACUUCGUGUUUGACGAGGGCCGGAUGAAGGAGACGGCGGAAUUUGUCGCCGGCGUCAUUUCGCGAGACUUUGGCCCCGACCGAUAUGCAGAGAUUCCGCCUCAUGGAAGGUGGGAGCACUUCAGCAUCGGGGGCAUCACCCGGCUAGAGAACUUGGUCCAGAAAUGGCAAGACAGCGAGGUAGACGAUGUGGAAAUCACUCGUCGCCUCAUUGAUCUCUUCUUCGUGUCUGUGCUGCUCGACGCAGGAGCGGGCGACACAUGGGCAUUCCGUGAGCCUGGAGGCGACAACGCGUAUGGUCGCAGUGAAGGCAUCGCGGUAGCCUCGCUGUACAUGUUCACCGAUGGAGCUUUCAGUUCAGCUGCGGGAGGGAACAAGGCUACUGUAGAUGGACAUGCUCUCAGCAAAUUCACCGAAGACGUUUUCGUUCACCACUUCCAAAUCAGUCCCCAAAAUCCAAUGGUGGGCGUCGCAUCACGAAUUGAGCUGUUGAAAAAUUUUGGAAAGUCUCUUCUUUCCAUCCCGGAGAUUUUCGGCGAAACCGGCCGGCCUGGGCUGCUCGUUGACUUUUUACUCAAGGAUGGCAAUGAUGAGGAGCUCAACUACGAGGCCCUCUGGAGCAUCCUUCAGCGUAUUCUCCUCCCCGCGUGGCCGUCAAACCGUCCGCGAAUCAAUGACCAACCCAUUGGAGACGCAUGGCCUCUUCGUGUACUACAGGACAAAUCUGGAGACAGCGAAAACCCAACUGCGGGAAUCCACCCAUUCCACAAGCUGACUCAAUGGCUUGGAUAUUCCCUCACCGUGCCUUUUAUGAAGGUAUUGAAGCUGAAAUGGAUCAACAUUGAUAAGGGAACCGGCUUGCCCGAGUACCGCAACGGAGGAUUGUUUGUGGACAUGGGAGUUUUGAAGCUGAAGCCUGAGGUUCUCAGCAAGGGACUUGAGGCUUCAGGGCAAGCCUUGCCGCUCUUCUCAUCCACUGGAGACGUGAUUGUGGAAUGGCGAGCCCUGACGGUUGCUCUCUUGGAUGAGCUGCAUAAGCUCAUCAAUGAUGUCUUGGCGCCGCAGGGGGUUUCUCUCUCUCUCCCGCAGUUAUUGGAGGCUGGGUCUUGGAAGAGUGGUAGAGAGCUUGCGGCCAAGUAUCGUCCGGAGACCAGAUCCAGCCCGAUAUUAAUUGAUGGAGAUGGAACUCUUUUCUAGUGAGCUUGGAAGCGAUUGCCGACUUCUUUUCUUUCCUCAUGAAUGAUGGGCUCGCGCCGGGCCGGCAAUGACACGAUGUGUCAAUGGCUGACAGUCUUAGCUACCUUCCUACCUUGUCCCUUAGUAUAGAGCUAUACAAAAUUGUAAUGCCAGGGCAUCCUCAGGAUCUG